AUGCAACUCGUGGCGUGGGCUGCAGGUGAUAAAGAGAAGCUUGCUAGCCUCAUCAACUGGCUAAAGAUAUGGAAUGCCGAAUUGGAGGAGAUGCUUCCAGGAGGAAAUGCACGACUGGAUGGUCCACAGAGCGGGUUGAACGGGGCAGAAUUGCAAUGGUACCUAUUGCUUUCGAAGUCCUCAUUCUCACAGCCCAUCAGCUUGUCCGAAGCAUGUCAACAGGAACGAAAUUUGGUCCGGUCCUCACGGACAGAAGAUGAUUCAGCACUAGCUGGUGGAUACGGUCUGGCGGAUGGGAGAGACUUGUUUCAAAGCGAGGCAAACAAGCCACAACUCGAAUACUGUUUAGACUACUUGGUCAAGGUCCUCCAGACAAUGGUCAAGGCCGGGGAUGGUCAAGGCCAUCCUGAUAAGAACACAGCGGGUGACUAUGUGAUUUUAAUAUGUUCCGGAUGGACAGCUACAGCAUCAUUUGACCGGAUCGGACUGUUCCUCCGGCUUCCCAUGCAGAUUCAUCCUCAAUGA